AUGAGCCGCGUCGCCGCGCUGCUGUCCGUCCCGCCCCACAAGGCGCGCCGCCUGCGGCGCGUGGGGGACGCGGCCGCGCUGUUCGACGCGAUCGCGACGCGGCCGGCGCAGCCGCGCGUGUCCGAGGUUGAGCUGCGGCUGUGGCUGGCCGGCAGCGGCUGCAGCGCGUCCGAGGUUGAGCGCGUGCUCAGGCUGCUGCGCGGCCUCGUGGCGCGCGACGAGGGGGCAGAGUUCCUGACGUGCUGGCAGUUUGUGGCGGGGUGGCCCUGGGUGACGCACGCGCUGGAGGUCUAUGGGAUUGACUGGGCGUCGGCGCUUUGA